CGGCGGCUGGGGCGGAGGAGGAGGAGCUGAAGGCGGCGGCCGCGACUCCCGCCCGCACAGACAGCCAGUCCCGCGAAGCCCCCUCCCACUCUCAGGCGGGCGGCGGCGGCGGCGGGAGGAGGAGAAGGAGGAGGGAGCGUCUCUGCCGCCGCCUCCUGGUCCCCAGCGCUGAUCUGCCGCCGCCACCUCCCUCCGCGGCGAUCCUCCCUCCAUGGUCCUGCCGCGGCCCCCCUUGUAGCCUGAGCUGCCCCGCGCCGCGCCGGAGCCAGCCUCGGAAGAGGGAGCGGUCGCGGCCUCGCGGCCCGCGCGGGCUGACGAGAGGAGAGCGCGGCGCCGCGCCGUCCCCGAGGAUCCGCACGCCGGGCAGCGCGGCCCGAGCAGCGCGAGGAGCAGCGGGCGGGCGGGCGGCGCCGGGCCCGGGCCGCCCUCGCUCCCGCGCCCCGGCCCCGCCGCCCGCGCCGGGGCGGUCGCCCGCAGAGGAAAGCGCCGCAGUCUCCGGGCCUCGGCAGCCCCACUCGGGCGUCCUCAGCACCGAGGGCUCGCGGGUCCUGAGGGGAGGAGGCGAGCCAGGGGCCGGGCACUGAGCUCUUUGGCGCCCCCACCCCCGAUUUCGGAGCCCUCCACGCUGCGGCCGCUGUCCCCUCCGGACCAUGGCCGACGACGACGUGCUGUUCGAGGAUGUGUACGAGCUCUGCGAGGUGAUCGGCAAGGGUCCCUUCAGUGUUGUACGACGAUGUAUCAACAGAGAAACUGGGCAACAAUUUGCUGUAAAAAUUGUUGAUGUAGCCAAGUUCACAUCAAGUCCAGGGUUAAGUACAGAAGGUAAGAGAUGGAUUUCAAAUCUAAAGCGGGAAGCCAGUAUCUGUCAUAUGCUGAAACAUCCCCACAUUGUAGAGUUAUUGGAGACAUAUAGCUCAGAUGGAAUGCUUUACAUGGUUUUUGAAUUUAUGGAUGGAGCAGAUCUGUGUUUUGAAAUCGUAAAGCGAGCUGACGCUGGUUUUGUAUACAGUGAAGCUGUAGCCAGUCAUUACAUGAGACAGAUACUAGAAGCUCUACGCUAUUGUCAUGAUAAUAACAUAAUUCACAGGGAUGUGAAGCCCCACUGUGUUCUCCUCGCCUCAAAGGAAAACUCGGCACCUGUUAAACUUGGGGGCUUUGGGGUAGCUAUUCAAUUAGGGGAGUCUGGACUUGUAGCUGGAGGACGUGUUGGAACACCUCAUUUUAUGGCCCCAGAAGUCGUCAAAAGAGAGCCUUAUGGAAAACCUGUAGAUGUCUGGGGUUGUGGCGUGAUCCUUUUUAUCCUGCUAAGUGGUUGCUUGCCUUUUUAUGGAACCAAGGAAAGAUUGUUUGAAGGCAUUAUUAAAGGAAAAUAUAAGAUGAAUCCAAGGCAGUGGAGCCAUAUCUCUGAAAGUGCCAAAGACCUAGUCCGUCGCAUGCUGAUGCUGGAUCCAGCUGAAAGGAUCACUGUUUAUGAAGCACUGAAUCACCCAUGGCUUAAGGAGCGGGAUCGUUAUGCCUACAAGAUUCAUCUUCCAGAAACAGUAGAGCAACUGAGGAAAUUCAAUGCAAGGAGGAAACUAAAGGGUGCAGUACUAGCAGCUGUGUCAAGUCACAAAUUCAACUCAUUCUACGGGGAUCCUCCUGAAGAGUUGCCAGAUUUUUCCGAAGACCCUACCUCCUCAGGACUUCUAGCAGCAGAAAGAGCAGUCUCACAGGUGCUGGACAGCCUGGAAGAAAUUCACGCACUUACAGACUGCAGUGAAAAGGACUUAGAUUUUCUACACAGUGUUUUCCAGGAUCAGCAUCUCCACACGCUACUAGAUCUAUAUGACAAAAUUAACACAAAGUCUUCACCACAAAUCAGGAAUCCUCCGAGUGAUGCAGUACAGAGAGCCAAAGAGGUAUUGGAAGAAAUUUCAUGUUACCCUGAGAAUAAUGAUGCAAAGGAACUAAAGCGUAUUUUAACACAACCUCAUUUCAUGGCCUUACUUCAGACUCACGAUGUAGUGGCACAUGAAGUUUACAGCGAUGAAGCAUUGAGGGUCACACCUCCUCCCACCUCUCCCUAUUUAAAUGGUGAUUCUCCAGAAAGCGCCAACGGAGAUAUGGAUAUGGAGAAUGUGACCAGAGUCCGCCUGGUCCAGUUCCAAAAGAACACAGAUGAGCCCAUGGGAAUCACUUUAAAAAUGAAUGAGCUAAAUCACUGUAUUGUUGCAAGAAUUAUGCACGGGGGCAUGAUUCACAGGCAAGGCACACUUCAUGUUGGUGAUGAGAUUCGAGAAAUUAAUGGCAUCAGUGUGGCUAACCAAACAGUGGAACAGCUGCAGAAAAUGCUUCGGGAAAUGCGGGGGAGUAUCACCUUCAAGAUCGUGCCAAGUUACCGCACUCAGUCAUCAUCCUGUGAGAGAGAGUCCCCCUCCACUUCCAGGCAGUCCCCAGCUAAUGGUCAUAGCAGCACUAACAAUUCUGUUUCGGACUUGCCAUCAACUACCCAACCAAAAGGACGACAGAUCUAUGUAAGAGCACAAUUUGAAUAUGAUCCAGCCAAGGAUGACCUCAUCCCCUGCAAAGAAGCUGGCAUUCGAUUCAGAGUUGGUGACAUUAUCCAGAUUAUUAGUAAGGACGAUCACAACUGGUGGCAGGGUAAACUGGAAAACUCCAAAAAUGGAACCGCAGGUCUCAUUCCUUCUCCUGAACUUCAGGAAUGGCGAGUCGCUUGCAUCGCCAUGGAGAAAACCAAACAGGAGCAGCAGGCCAGCUGUACUUGGUUCGGCAAGAAAAAGAAGCAGUACAAAGAUAAAUACUUGGCAAAGCACAAUGCAGUGUUUGAUCAAUUAGAUCUUGUUACAUAUGAAGAAGUAGUAAAACUGCCAGCAUUCAAAAGGAAAACACUAGUCUUGUUAGGUGCACAUGGUGUUGGGAGAAGACACAUAAAAAACACCCUCAUCACAAAGCACCCAGACCGGUUUGCAUACCCUAUUCCACAUACAACCAGACCUCCAAAGAAAGAUGAAGAAAAUGGAAAGAAUUACUACUUUGUAUCUCAUGACCAAAUGAUGCAAGACAUCUCGAAUAAUGAGUACCUGGAGUAUGGCAGCCACGAGGAUGCGAUGUAUGGGACAAAACUGGAGACCAUCCGGAAGAUCCACGAGCAGGGGCUGAUCGCAAUCCUGGAUGUGGAGCCUCAGGCGCUCAAGGUCCUGAGAACCGCCGAGUUCGCGCCGUUCGUUGUUUUCAUCGCCGCGCCCACCAUCACUCCGGGUCUGAACGAGGAUGAGUCUCUCCAGCGCCUGCAGAAGGAGUCCGAUAUCCUACAGAGAACAUACGCACACUACUUCGAUCUCACAAUUAUCAACAAUGAAAUUGAUGAGACAAUCAGACAUCUGGAGGAAGCCGUUGAGCUCGUGUGCACAGCCCCGCAGUGGGUCCCGGUCUCCUGGGUCUAUUAGGCCUCUCCCCAGCUACCUGACGCCUACCCGGGAGCCACCUCAUCCGUGGAAAAGCCUCUUUGUUAUCGGCCUUGUGUCAGCAGGUCAUGGUCCCUAGAGACUACCUAGUUGUAGUGUGACCUCCAUUUAUAAUUAUUGUCAUGUCCGAAUAGAUAGGAGGAGAAAAACAAUUACACACUAAUUUAAAGAGACAGUAUCUUUUUUAAUCAGUUCUCCUAAACUUUAAUAAAAUGUAUCUUUAAAUGUAUGUAUCAUUCAAUCCUUUGGAAUGUUAUAUUUUUGGAAAUCAUAGCUUUUUAUUUCCAAGGCCCCUAAAAACUGCACAAAAUAGAUGCUGCUUUCUAUAAUCUAUUUUAAUAAUAAACAAUGAUUCUGUUACCUUGACUGGGGGUGGAACACUACAUUCUUUUUAGAGUCUGAUUUUAUGGAUUGGAAUAACUUUCUUUCCUUUAUUUAUUUGAAAUAAUCAGUCUAGUGAUUACAAAACAGUCAUAAAUUUUUAAAGGCCUUUUUUCUUUUUUUUUCUUAGACUAGUAUUUUUUUUUUAAGUCCUUUAUGUAACAUCCAGAUAAUGUGAUACUGUCUCUUUGAAGCACCCUGUAAACCUUUUAGAGAUUUGAAGUUGGGUCUUGACUCUUAAUGCAUGUGGACAGUCGCGAGCGUUUAUGCCGUCGGUGUGUCUGUGUUGGACAAAACAAUCUGUAAUCUACAGCAAAGUACAUUCCGUUCACGGGGCACACCCAGGGGAAUAAGAAUAAAAUGCUAUUAUGACUAAGUUGUAAACCUAUGCACAUCCCUUGCAUUUCGGGCAACUUUAUAAAAAAAACUGAUUUUUAUUAAUAAUCAUAUAGUGAAAUGUGUUUGUAAUUUUGUCUCAAUUUAAUUUGUUGUAAGGUGGGAGGGGGAGUUGCUGGUUUCACCAUUUCAGAUCUGUGUUGUCUGAGAGUAUUAACGUUUUAAUUAAGCAAAGAAAUGAGGAUUUUUAAUAUGUAUGUAAUUGUUUUAAAGCACCCAUUUUAAGAGAAUAUACUGUGCAAUGAAGAAACCAGUUUAGGCAUUUGCUAUAAACUGAAUUAUUCCAAAAGAAUAAUCUAUAACAGCCCUGUAAAUUCCUUUAAAAUGAUAACUAACAGGACAGUUUGACCAAUUUUUUUUUUAAAUAUACUUCCUUUUAUGUGUUCAAUAAUUAAAUGCCUUUGGGUCCUUCAUUUCAUUAUAGAUUUGUUCAGGUUUACAAGCCGAUGAUCUUUUAGAUAAUCUUUUAGAAGCUCAUUGAACCACAGAAGGCCCAGGAGUGACCCUCAGUUGGCAGGACAACACAACACUCCGCCAGAGCACAGCUUGGACCGCGUCUGGCUCCCAGAGCGCAGUGCGCCCGAGGGCCACCCUGUGCUGGAGGCCAUCUGUGGUUGCUCCUUCCUCUUGCUAUCUCCCUUGGCACAGGAGAACCAUCUGUCCUUGUUGCUUUAGAGACAUUAACCAUCUCAUCGCCCUUCCACGAGGUCCCAUUCUUCCACUCCAGGAGAUGCAGGCGGGGAUUUUCUGACUCUUGGCCGGAGGUCAGUGGAAGAUUCUUCAUGAGAGUGGCAGGGUGUGAAGUGGUUCCGGUAACCUGGGAUCCUUGAGGCAAUACCAUCCGGGUCGCUUCUUGUCGGUUAGAUGGCCUUGUCGCUUUGUGCCUUGGCAGGAUGUGCAGGGUGGCUUCUGAGCUGCACAGGUUCUCUUGAAGGACCACACACAGAAGGCAGUUGUAGACUCCUUUUCGGGUGUCCCCCUCCCCUCCCACUGACUCUUCUUAAACGGUGAUUUUCUCUCUUUCUCUCUCUUUCUCUUUCUCUCUCUCUCUCUCUCUCUCUCUGAUGUCGUCCUUUGUCAGUGACCGGAUGAGUUUGCAACUUCCCAGGUAUUGCGGGAACGGCUUCUGUAGAGGCCCCCCAGCAGGGGGACCAAACCGCCAAGCGAGACACACCCUGGAUGGAGAAGGGAAACCCCCAGAGUUGUUUGGAGCUGUGUUAGGAUUGGUUUCAAUCUAACCAACGCCAAGGCCAGGCAGUCAUUCCCCUGAUGGUACUGACCACAAUCCAGGCUCUUCUCGGUGUGGAAGCGCCCGCUCUACCUCUCUUCCAAUGAAGCACAAAGAAAAUUGUAGCUAACACGUGGGGAACACCAACUCCUUCCCUCUGCUAGAAACGCCCACAGCCCCUCUCAGGCCCUUGGAGGCCACAUCUCCAGAGAUGCUGAGGAUGCCCAUCUUAAGCCACGAUGACAGGUGGAUCAAGCAGAAGAAGAGCAAAACAAUGCCAGUUUCAAUGUCUGUGGUCCCAGGACUGAGAAGCACUUAGCACUCGAUCGGAGGCACACAGGCAGGCACCGCGCUCGCCCCGUGUGGGUGGCAAAAGCCCGGCACCCAGAACUCAGCCUGGCCGAACCUCUCAAGGCACUCAUCAGCUCCAUUCCACUCACACAGGCCCCUCUGGAAAGUAAUGUCUUUACGACCCGACAGCAAAUACUUAAAUUCAGAAUAAUUCCCAAGCAAAACUGCUGCUGCUACAUCACAGUCAUCCACUAAGCAAGCAAAUUACUAAAAAGCGUCUUCACUGCUUCCAUUCCACCAGCAAAAUCACUUUCCCCCCGCAUUUUAAAGACCAGAGCAAAUGAUUACAAUUAUCAAAUCUUAUCACUGGUCAGUUGAGCCAUAUGCCGGAGGGUUCCCACCCCCCACAGCAAAAAAGGGGCUGUUUUUAAUAUGCGGAAUCAUUCGUUACGAGGAAGGGUCUUGAUUUUUUUAAUAAGGUAGUAGUUCCUUUGCACGCACAGCCUAUUCAGUUUUAACACUAAAAAGGAAAAUGUCACUCAUUUCAAUUCAUCUGGAAGUUGUCUCAGUGUCAAGGUAAUAUGGUAGCUUUUUAAAAGAAUUAAAUGUAUCUCCUGUCAGAUGAGAUGGUUUAAAAUAUUGGCUCAGAGAAGAAAAGAAAUGGGUGACCUACUUCUUGCUACUUGCAUUCAGAGCCCAUCCUAUUGGUGGCGGGUUACCUAAAGAGAAUGAAGAGCCUGCGCUGCACGAAGGACCCAGCAGGUGCUCCUCUUCCCCACGUCCAGCCGCAGCUCCCAACGCAGGGCGGCCCGUUGGGUGUGGCCUCAUUCUCCGCCCCGCCCCCCCCCCCCCCCCCCCCCC